UCACCAGGUCCUGGACAGAGAUUCCCCACCGGUACCCUGCGAUCUCUGAGGAACACUGACAGGGGAGAGGUCUGUAUCAUGCUGCUUUGUAUCUGCAUAGCAGAGCAAUACAAAGCAGCAGGUUUCCCUAGUAAAACAGCAUGCAGCACGUAAUGUGAAACACACACAGCCCACAAUUAACCCUUUGAUCGCCCCAGAUGUUAACCCCUUCCUGCCCAGUGCUUUUUAUUAGCACUGAUCACUGUAUUAGUGUCAUUGGGAAUGUCAGUGGCAGUUAGUCAGUUCCCCCCGAGUGUCAGAAUGCCCCCCGCAGUCCUGCAAU